AUGUCAACGACAGCCAGUAGUUUAGGCAACAGCAGUUACAUAGAUGUACUAGAAGUUGUCGCUACUGAAAAAUUUAUAGAAAAACCAGAAUCUAACAUUGUUGUUAAAUCAUUAAAUGGGGAUGAUUUUGAAAUAAUACGUAAUCGUAAGAAACAAUUAUUGAUAAUAUACCCCAGUGGUAUUAUAGUGGAACCAGGAAAUCAUCUAACUCCAACACAAGUAUUAAAAACACCACGAGUUAAAUUUAAUGGAGAUCGAAACAAGUACUAUUUAUUAGUGAUGACAGAUCCAGAUGCUCCAAGCCGUGCUCAACCAACGUUACGUGAGUUCGUUCAUUGGCUGGUUGGAAAUAUACCUGGAGAUAACGUAUGUAGUGGUGAAACCAUUAUAGAAUACGUUCCAUCAGCUCCACCACAAAAUUCUGGUGAUCAUCGAUAUACAUUUUUAAUUUACGAACAACCAGGUCAGAUUGAAUUCGACGAGCCUCGUAUAUCAAACACUUCAAUAUCAGGCCGUCCAAAUUUUUCAAUACGUAAUUUUGCUAAUAAAUAUGGUUUUGGUGAACCAAUUUUUGGUAAUUUUUAUCAAUGUCAAUAUGAUGAUUCUGUUCCAAUGAUUUAUUCAAUGUUGGGAGUUGUACUUUAGAUCAUAUAUGUUAUAUAAGUGUCUCUGGUUAAUAUUUUGAUUAUCAAACCUGGCGGAUUUACCAUAUCUCAAUCACCACUUAAUGUUGUGAUUCAU